AUGUCACGAAUCGUAAAUUCCUCGGUCGUUAAGAUUUUCUCAACUUCAAUAUCUAUCGCAUGUACUUGCCCCAAUGGAAAUGGCCUAAGCACUAUUGCUGAUUUAAUUAUCCUGAAGGAAGUGAGAUGUGCCUACGUGAUCCUGGUAAUGGCAAUCUACUGGAUCACCGAGUGCAUACCGUUGCCCAUAACUUCUCUCAUUCCUGUGGCAUUGUUCCCCUGUUUGGGUGUACUGAGCACCGAGCAAGUAUGUGUCUGCUACAUGAACGACACAAUAAUGGUUUUUGUCGGUGGUUUCAUCCUCGCAAUUGCCAUCGAACACAGUAAUUUGCACAUGAGAAUUGCUCUCAGAACUAUGACGAUCGUCGGGUGCAGCCAUCGCAAGCUUCUUGCUGGUCUGUGCAUUGUCACCACCUUCUUGUCCAUGUGGAUUUCAAAUACAGCCGCUGCGGCCAUGAUGAUACCGAUCAUCGUCGCUAUACUCGAUGAAUUACAAAAGCAAGGACUGUGCAAGAUGUUCAUCCAGGGUGACAACCCUGAUCCGGAAGAUCCUACGAAAGUUAUGAAGCCGACGAAUAUAACGAAAGCGUAUCUCCUGGGCACGGCGUACUGUUCAACCUUCGGUGGUGCCGGGACGUUGGUUGGCACCGGUACAAAUUUGACGUUCAAAGGAAUCUACGAAGCGACCUUCCCACGAGCUAAGGCAAUAAGCUUUGCGCAGUGGAUGAUAUGGGCCACCCCACAGAUGUUCGUUAACGUCUUCCUCACGUGGUUACAUCUCCUGUCAUUCUACAUGGGACUCUUCAGACCUCGGAGCGAAGAUGCGAAGGCUGCAAAAAUCGGUCGACAGGGUGAAAUUAUAGCAAAUCGAAUUAUUCUGGAAAAAUAUAGGAAUUUGGGACCGAUGAGCUUUCAAGAAAUCUGGAUCUCGAUCUUGUUCGUAACGUGUAUUCUUCUUUGGUUCUUCAAAGCACCUGGAUUUGUCACAGGAUGGGCAGAAAUCAUCAGCGAUGUGGAAAUCAGAGAUUCGACGCCCGUAGUUUUGAUCGUUGUCGUUAUGUUCGUCAUUCCUAAAGAACUCGUGUGCAAAUACGCCUUCUACCGAAAAACAAACAAAAGGCCAACUCACGCUGGACAAGGAUUGGUAACGUGGAAGAUCGUAACAACGAAAAUGCCAUGGAGCCUAAUGUUUCUUCUCGGCGGUGGAUUUGCGAUUGCCAAAGGGAGUAAUUAUUCCUGCCUUUCUCAACGCAUAGGAAAUGCGUUUACACCGUUGAAGGAUUUUCCACCAAUAGUAAUACUCGUUGUAGUCUGUCUAUUUAUCGGCACAAUCACAGAAGUGACGACGAACGCAGGUGUCGCCAAUAUUAUGUUACCAGUAAUCGCUCAAAUGAGCGUGGCGAUAGAGCAACACCCACUGUAUCUCAUGCUGCCGGCAACGCUCUGCUGUUCAUUCGCAUUCCGACUACCGGUUGGGACGCCGCCAAACGCAAUAGUUGCUGUCACCGGUAAUUUGUCGAUCAAGAGUUUGGUCAUCGGAGGAUGUUUCCCAGCGGUCUACAGUAUGCUGGUGAUUUUCAUCAUGUUUCCGACAUGGGGCGUGUACGUUUACGAUAUCGGCGAGUUUCCUGAAUGGGCAAAAACAACGAUUAAUGAAACGAGCCAAGAGCCUUACUGCCAAUGAGUUAAGAAUAAACAUUACAAUACGAGAACUUACAAGCAAGGUUUGAUGAAGAUUUUACCGCAUUUGUUAAGAACACACAUGUAUGAAAACUUAAUAUAAUGAACAAGCAGUCAAAAUUUCGUUAUUAACGUGGAGAAAACUACCACAAAACAUGAAGCUUUUUGUUUAAACUGUUAUACCUGUCCCCUUAAAGUCAUGUCUAUCCUAUGGGAUUCCAAUAUGAAUUCCAAUUCAUAUGGAUUGUUCAAAAUAUAAACUGUCAUUGAGCCAAGCUGUCUUUAGAUCCAC